AUGAGCGAGAAGGAGGUCACCAUCGAUGAGGACUUGAAUGUCGACGACGAGCUCAACGAGUUCGACGACGGGGAGGAGGCCCCUGUCGAUAACGCUAUGCUGUUUGGCUCGCAGCCCCCAGAGGACCGCGCCGGCGCAGACCCCAAGCACAGAAAGCUCUUCGAGAUCCCCGAGUUCACCCGCAAGGACAAGACCGUCAACGAGCUUCUCGACCUCAUGACUGACAACCCCCCUAUCAUCCCCGACGCUGUGAUCGACUACUACUUGACCAAGAACGGCUUCGAGUGCACCGAUGUCCGCGUCAAGCGCCUCCUCGCGUUGGCAACCCAGAAGUUCGUUAGCGACAUUGCGGCCGACGCCUACGAGUAUUCCCGUAUCCGCUCCUCCAUCGCCGUCCAUAACUCCAACAACGGCCAGGCCCGCGCCCGACAACUGAUGCUCGGUCAGCAGCAGCCCGGCACACAGCAGAUCAGCCAGCAGCAGCACCAACAAAACGAAAAGACCAAUGCGAACAAGGUCACCUUGACCGUCAACGACCUCAGCAGCGCUGUGGCCGAGUACGGUCUCAACAUCUCGAGACCAGACUUCUAUCGUUGA